AACAACCGGAAAUGGCGUAAUAAGCGUCCAUUGAAACCAAAGAAGAGACUAAUUGGAAAUUAAUUGUGAAGUUUUAAAGCCAACAUGAUUAUUUACGUCGAAAGCAAGGCUUUCCCGUACAAGUCUUUUGUGACGGUGGUACAGCCAGGAGACAAGGUAGCGAGGGUUCGGGCUCAAAUGCUCCACAUCCUUUAUGAGAUCGGGCGUGAACAGUAUCAGUUUAGGCUCAGAUACAAUGGACAGUACAUGCGAGAUGCCUUCAGCCUGGACGAGUACAACAUUGAGGCAAACGCUGUCAUCAAGAUGGUCCCACUUUCAGAUGACCAUAAAGAUGACAUAUCUGACCUGAGAUCCAUGUCCAGCAGCCUGACCAUGAACUUUGAUCCUGAACGGGAGAAAAUACCGUCAGUGAAGUCUGCGCUGUACUACGAGGUUAAACAUUUGAACCGCAGGGAGAGGAUUGUGCAGGAUCUACAUGCGUUGCUGUACAUGCACUCGUUGACCUUGUUUCUCUAUGUGCUCACCUCAUACUGGUACUCAGUUUUCUGGUUGGCCGGUUACCUGCUUCCCUUCUGGUAUCUGAUUCCCGGAUACACACGCAUCGGGGGAUAUAUCGGGAACACAUUCCAUAGACGCCUGUGGUUUUGUGUGAUUACUGGAUUUAUGGGAUUAGCAGUGAUGGCUGUGGCGAUUUUCCUCGCAGUCUCCACCUGGCAGGAAAUUGUGAGUGACGGCUGCCCUGACUGGACGUUUGAGAAUGGUUGUUCCCGCCAAAAUGUGUACACAGCGUUUAUCUUCUCCAUCCAUGGUCUAGUACUGCUGGUGACCAAUAUCACCAUAGGCUUACUGCUCUACAACUUCAGGAUUGAGAUUGGCGAUGUGAUUGAACGAUACCUGGUUCAGGAGCGCGAUAUCGAGGAUGUAAUGAAACUCGCACGCGGCUCCAAGGUCAAGGACAGAAGGACAGCCGCCUACGAGCUCGCAACAAUGGCCGCCUCCAGUGAUGACAAUAAGUUCAGGAUAGUGGCUGAGGGAGGACUGGAUGUGCUGAUAGCAAUGUCACUUUGCACAGAUGAACCAACCCAGGAAUAUGCAGUGGAGGCCCUGUCUGAGCUUAUUACCAUUCAGUCCAUACAGGACAAUUAUGUAGAAGUGGGUGGGGUAAGGAACCUGACUGCACUUCUUCACUCCCCGGGCCCGAGGGUCAUGCAGGAGGCUUCCAGAGCUCUCUACACGAUCUGUCAGAGCGACGAGAAUCGGCACGCCAUGGUUGAAGACCACGGACUAUCUGACCUUGCCCACGCCGCCCGUAACGGGUCCAUGGAAACUCAGCGUCUUGUUUCCAGUAUCUUCCUGGAGCUAGUAUUCAACAGUGAGAUACGUGUACAACUCACCACAAGGAACAUUCCGGCCCAGGCAUUGGUCCACCUAUGUAAGAGUAACGACCCAGAAACUCUGAGAUUUGCCCUCCUGACUCUGGAACUGCUGGCUAUAGAGAGCUCUGAUGUUGUCUGUGCACAGGAGGAACUACUUGAGAUUCUUCUUGACAUUCCUGUUCGCAUGAUGGACAAGAAACUCAACCUGCUGGCCGGAAAAAUACUCCUCUAUUUUGCUGAGAACAACCAGUCUCGCCAGUGGAUGUUGGACAUGGUUCACCUGAAAGACUACCUGAUGACCUUUGCCCAGACUCGCGACCCCAUCCUCCAGAAGGUCGUUGUCAAGGUGAUCUUCUGUAUGAUGGACUCUAAACAACUCAAGGACCAGGCUCGCGUGAGGAAACUGGACAAAGUUCUGGCAUUCUGUAUGGAGAACAGUGCGGACAGAGAUGUCUGGGACAUGGCUGACCAGGGAAUGCAAGUGAUCAACUCUAACGAGGACAUCUUCCCCACCCUCCCAGUUCUCUCCACCAUGGAGAAACUCAGUAUGGGCCAGAACAGUGCAUUCGGAUCCCGGGCUUCACUCAGGUCUUCUUCCUCCAGUCAGAGUAGCAGGAGAGCUUAGACAGGGGAGAUAAUUAAGAUUCCAGAAGGGAGAUUACUAUGCAAACAAAGGGACAUAAUCAAAUAUCAAAAUUAUUCUGAACAAUGUGAUAAUGAGGAAGACUAAAGAACUAAGCUGUGUUUAAAGAAAGUGAAAUUGAAGGAACAUUUUUUGACAGAAUAGAAAUAUUUAAAAGUAUUUGUACAGAGUUGUCAGACAAGAAAGAAUUAAUUAAUUAGAGAAGUCAAAGCAUUCUACCUUGUACUUUAUAUUAUAAAUAGUUAUGACGAAGAAACUUAUAAAGAUUUGUUAAUUGUAAUUUUACAUGUCUGAUUUAUAUGCUAUUUUGAGUUAUUCUUGUUUUUCUACAAUGCAUUUAUAUUAUUUUAGUAGCCUUGUUAAUAGUCUGGGUUUUUUUUUAAGAAAAGAGGCCUAGUAUUGUCAUAGUCUUUGAGUCAUUCUGCAAAAUGAUUAUCAUGGCCAAAACUCAAAACAUGUUUAAGCUAUUGAUAUGAAACUUGGUACACAUGUUGCUAGAGACAGUUAUGACUUGAGUAAUUGUUAAUAUAUGCCCCAUUUCUGACUGGUAAAAAAUCUGACAUGUGUUUAAGCUAUUCAUAUGAAACUUUGUACACAUGUUGCAAGGGACAGUUAUGACUUUAAUAAUUGUUGAUUAGUGCUGCAUUCCAGAAUGAAAAAAACAGACGUGCGUUUAAGCUUUUGAUAUGAAACUUGGUACACACUUUGCCAGAGACAGUUAUGACUUUCAUAAUUGUUGAUUGAUGCCCCACUUCUGAAUGGGAAAAAAAACAGACUAGUGUUUGCUCUGAUGUUUUUUUCUUUUAUGAAUGUAUUAUAUUUUUGUCUGUGAUAAGAUUGACCUUUUACAGUACUUGCAUUUUGCAUGCAUUUACAAAUGAAUAUAUUACACUGUGAUUGUUUUUAACUUUGAUCAUUGUUUGAUAAAAAAAAUGUUUAAAUUAUUUGGGAUUGAUGAGAAAUGUUUGGUUACUAUAGUGAUUCAUCCAUAUCAGGAAUCUUCUUUUUAACUAUUAACAUUAAUAUUAUAAUUCUGACAGUUUCUAUUAUUGAUUACAAGUAAGUAAAAUUUAAAACUAAAAUAAAAUACCAUGUAUCAAAAUUGGAGAGUAUAUUAAUUCCAAAUUUUAUUACAUCUUGUUUGAAACUCAUGUCUUCGACUCCAUAACUACUGGUUGGUUAUGUUGAAAUAUAAUAUUCUACACAUUUAUAAUCACUUCUUUUUAGUUGUAAAAUAACUUCUUUUGAGUUCGAAAAUCACAUCUGUUUAGUUCGAAAAUCACAUCUGUUUAGUUCAUUCUCAAUUCACUAAUGUUUUGGAUUCUCAAUUCACUAAUGUUUUGGAUGAGUUAAUUAGUCUUUAAUAUAGGAUUAAUUUUUUACAAUUUAGUAAGCUUAUCCUUGUAUUAACAAAGUAUGAAAUAAAAACAUAACUGUUUAUAAAUCUGGAAUAAAUAUAAUCUGGGAAACAGCUGACUGAGACUGACUAAAACAAAGCUGAAUUUUAUGAUUUUUCUGAAAUUAAUGACAGUCGACCAAAACAAACUGUUCCCCUUAAUAUCUUUAUUCCAGAUUAAAGAACAAUUCUGAAUUUAUUUAUACCUUCUUUUAAGUAACUGCAUUUAUUAAACAAGUCAGGUAGUAUUUUACUAGAUCUGUGUACUUAUUUUCACAUAAAAACGAGAGCUCAACGAAAGAUGGACAUGAAAAAAGAUGGAGUAACAUUUGUAUUGUGCCGACCCCUCAAUAAUAAUGGUUUCAAUUUUGCUCCUCAAUGUUUUCCUGCCAAGAAAUAUUACGUGAUAGAAAUAUAUAUAAUAUAUAUGACUUUGUGAGUGUACCUGAAAAAAUGCAUGGCUUUUGCUUGCUUCUUUUUUUUUGUCACAAAAUUUAAGUAAUAUUUUCCUUGAGAAGCACAAAGUCUGUAAAAAAUAAAUGAACAUAACAAUUUUCAUUGUUAAAUUACGAGAAUUUUCAAUUUUGUUUUGGAGAAAAUAAAAAUUAAAUAUAUUUCAUUUUACAAAUUUUAUAUUUUUGAGUUUUAAGUUUCAGUUGUUGAGCACAUUUUGUGGUAACUAAAAUUUCUUGCCGAUGAAGAGUUAAGAAAAUCUUGUGAUAUUAAGUUUUAUUUAUCAAAUGGCUGGACCAUAAUGUAUAUAAGUCAUUUAUUGACAACUAUUUCACAUAUGAAUGUAUGUUAUUAAUGUCUUACUGAUAAAACUUCUCUAAAAAGUUUGUGUUGUUAUGAUACUGUAUUUUAUUUACAGCAACU